AUGGCGGCGGCGGAGCAAGGGGUGGACGCCGCGAGGAAAGAGGAGGAGGAGGAGGAGGAACAGGUGGUGAAUCCGUGGGAGGUGUCAGCGGGAAGGGCGGCAUCGACUACGACAAGCUCGUGGACCAGUUCGGCUGCCAGCGCAUCGACGACGCACUCGUCGGCCGCAUCGCACGCCUCACCGGACGACCGCCGCACUGCUUCCUCCGCCGAGGCCUCUUCUUCGCCCACCGGGGAGAAGUUCUACCUCUACACGGGGAGGGGCCCUCGUCGGAGGCCCUGCACCUCGGCCACCUCAUCCCUUCAUGUUCACAAAAAUCUUUCUUCAGAUACUUGCAGGAGGCUUUUAAGGUGCCCCCUAGUUAUACAACUGACUGACGAUGAGAAGUUCUUGUGGAAGAACUUGACUAUUCAGGAAAGUAAAAGGCUUGCCCGUGAAAAUGCUAAAGACAUUAUAGCAUGUGGUUUUGACAUUGAAAGAACAUUCAUUUUCUCCGAUUUUUCUUUUGUUGGAGGUGCUUUUUAUGAAAACAUGAUGCAAGUUGCCAGAUGUGUAACUAUGAAUAAGGCUAUAGGAAUAUUUGGGUUCAAUCUCGAGGAUCACAUAGGAAAGGUUAGCUUUCCUCCAGUGCAAACAGUCCCAUCAUUUCCUUCUUCAUUUCCCCAUCUCUUCGCUGGCAAGGACCAACUCAUGUGCCUUAUCCCAUGUGCAAUAGAUCAGGUGAAUAAAUAUGCCUUCUCAGGUGGCCAGGACUCAAUAGAGCUCCAUAGAAAACUUGGAGCUAACCUUGAUGAGUACAAGGAGGGAAGGAUGUUGACAGGUGAAGUGAAGCAACGGCUCAUUGCAGUUCUAUCUGAGAUUGUUGCUAGACAUCAAAGAGCUAGAUCUCAAGUGACCGAAGAGAUGGUUGAUGCAUUCAUGGCAGUGAGGCCACUUCCGAAUAUGUUUGGCUGA